AUGUCGGCCACCGAAUCAGACCCCGAAGAUGCUAUUACCAAACAGGAGAUCGCUGGCACCGCACCGGCGCCGGAGCCCAGCUCUGCGGGUGUCGGCCGCGGAACGAAGCGCAAUGCAUUCGCAGAGCUGAUGGGCCCCAAGCCCAAGAAGCUCCAAGAGCCGCAACCCCUAGCCUCAAAGCGGGGCGCGUUCACAGGCAGCUUCAAGGCGCGCGACGGGCUGGGCGCAUACACGGCGGACCCAACGUCAUUCCCGACGAGCCGGGUCAUCUACCAUAACGCGUCCUUCGUCGCCAUCAACGACUUAUAUCCGAAGUCAACCGUGCACACGCUCCUGCUCCCGCGCUCGCCGCGGAGCCGUCUGCACCCCUUCGACGCCUUCGAGGACCCGGAAUUCCUCGCCGCCGUGCAAGCAGAGACGGCGCGGCUGAAGCGUCUAGUGGCGAAGGAGCUCCAGCGACGGUACGGACGGUUCAGCGCGCAGGACAAGUUGCGCGAGGACAUUCUGAACGACAAGGUGGAGUGGGAAGACGGGAAACCGCUCCCGGUGGGUCGCGACUGGGAGAAGGAGCUGCUCGUCGGCAUCCACGCCCAUCCUUCCAUGAACGACUUACACAUUCAUGUACUAUCGCGGGACAGGAUGUCCGAGUGCAUGCGCCACCGCAAGCACUACAACUCCUUCAACACGCCUUUUCUGAUCGACGUCGCCGACUUCCCGUUGGCGGCUGACGACCCUCGGCGGCACCCGGGGCGCGAGGGCUUCCUCAACAGAGAUCUACGGUGCUGGCGCUGCGGGAAGAAUUUCGAGAACCGGUUCAAGAAACUCAAGGAGCACCUUGAUCAGGAGUUCGAGGAGUGGAAGAAAGAGUGAAAGGCUGGCGCGUGAUUCUAUCCAACGUGGAAACACCGGACCUAAAAGCGCUGGAAUAGAGGGUAUUGAGCUGCCAGGAAUAAAUACUCAAUCAAGGCCAAGGAAUUAGAGAACUCAAAUGGUUGAGUUGAGGAUUGAGGAUUCAAGAGAGCCACAUCACAGCAUGAUGCGACGUAGGUCGUGAUGCGCUGUGGGGCCAAUACCAGGGGUCCAAUGUAAAGUAAAUCGUCAGAUGCCAGUUCCAAGGUUGACUGAAGCAUACUAGAACGCUGCCAAAAGGUUUGACACAAAGUCGGUUCAACGUCUCUGCUAAUCGCCGAGACCGCUGCUGAUUGAUAAGAGACAAAACCUAAAGAAAACAGACUUGCAAUUGCUCUUCAAUCAUACACAUAACUUUGACCAACUCCGCCGUCCAUGUGUUAUCAUACUUGUAAUUGAUUUCAGGGCCGACCAUCAUUUAACCCCGGAUUAACCUUAUACUUUUACAAACCGUCAAGCACGAUGUACGUUAAUCGUGCACAAGAGCAAAGAAUCAAUCCCAAAACCGCCACCGAGUCAUCAUGGUUUCCCCACGCCACUUAUCCGUCUAAAAGCGGUGGCUAGACUGGCUAAGCUAGGCAUUAUGGCUCUCGUAUUAUUGUUCUA